AUGUCAAAUCAGCAACAACACCGCCGUGAAGCCUCCGAGCAACCACACCGCCGUGAAGCCUCCGAACUACAACACCGCCGUGAAGCAGCAUUACCCAUCACUAUCUCUUUGCAUGAUCAGAUGAAAUUUCAGGAUAAAGACCAAUUCGAGUCACCCCUAACCGUUACUCAGUGGCUUCGAUCAGUUCGCAAACGCACUUCCAAUUCCAAUUCCGGUUUCCCUCGCACUUCUUCCACCAUACCCUUUUGUUUUAGAGAGGAUGCAGAAAUUGACAUGCUUCCGGAUCAUACUGAAAUUAGUGUGUGGGAUAGGCUUGGUAAAGCUGAAAUGUUGGACAUUGACUCCCAUUCCUUUUCUUGGGACACGCUCUCUUCACUUCAUCACACUGAACACACUAAUAGCAAUCAACAUUCUGAUGACGAAGUCAAUAGAGUUCUUGAGAUCACAGUAAAUUCUGGAGGGGUUGUCUUCUUUGCCCUUUUCAAUGUCGAUGGGAGCGAUGAUGCUUCUCCAAAAGAAGCAGCAGCUGUCAUAAAGAUAUCUUCGUCAAGAAUGGCAACACAGUCAGAAAGACUAGGAUACGAAUUCGCCAAAUGGUUGGGAGUCCAAGCUCCACAGGCUAGAGUCAUUCACAAUACCAGUUUAGAAUGGCUCCAAAUAAAGAAAGCUGCAGAAAAAGCAAGGGAUGCAGCAAGUUGUGAGAGUAAUGUAAUUGGUGAAACAACAUGUUCUGAACUUUUGGAAGCACUCGAGCUUAGCCGGUGUCUCUUGUUUAUGAGUUAUGUACAUGGCUCGCCUUUACUUGAAAGCUCUAGUGCAUUUGAAUCAAGGGAUUCUGCAGAAAGAACGUCUGCAGCGCUUGGUAGGGUAAUGAUGCUAGAUCUUGUUAUUAGAAAUGAAGAUAGGCUUCCAUGCCGUCAACUUAGAUGGCGUGGGAACCCAGCAAAUUUGUUAUUAGCUGAAAAAUCAAUCCCUUCAAAUUUAGAUACAAUAGGAGAAACCUUUGAGUUGGCAAUGAGCCGAUAUGGGCUCGGGGUGGUUGGUAAAAGAAGAUCUACUUCAAGAUUGUGUUCUCGUGAUAAUAGAAUAAGAUCACAAGGCUCUCAUCUUUCACGGAUAAGAGAAUCAUCCAAUUACAUGUGCCUUAAAAGUCAAACGUCAGGAGAAUCAAUGUUUAAUGGCUUCAACAUUGUGGCUAUUGACUCUGGUGUUCCACGUCGACCUCCUGCUGUAAAACGUGCUGAUGAUCAGGUCAGCUAUCCUAAGUUGGUUGAAUUGGUACUAAAUAGUUCUCAGUUUUCCUCUUGCCUGUUAUAUAAUAUAACCGGCGGGAAAUUAGGAAGUCCUCCCUUAGAGGAUAUAACUUUAACGGUCGACAUACAAGGGAGUGUUGUAACAUCAGUAGUACACCAGUUCCGCAGUGGUUUUCGUGCUGCUCUUAGGGACCUGCAAGGAUUUCAUAUAUUCUUACUUACACUUCACCAAAAACUUGAUAACUUAUUACGAUCAUUUAAUAAUACUAUAAGCAAAGUAUCAUUGGGGGAGUCUGAAAAUGGAGAUUCACCUUCAUCAGCUACCAGUAAGUGCCACUCUUCAACAAGUAAGGGGAGAUUUUCUAAUGAUAGCCAUGGAGAUUUUAGUGAUUCAGAUUCACAAAACUCUGCUCCAAGGGCAUUGUCAUCCUCAGGCAAUAGAAAUCUUUGUGACUCUAUUUCUCCUAUGUCAAGAGAAGGUUCCCAUGGAAAAUCCUCCAAAGGGAGUGUGGGGCCAUUGCGUGAUUCCUGUUUUACAGCUAAGCUCCGUGAGUUCCAUAAAUUUGCCAAGGUUGAUGCAGAAUUUUAUAAAGAAUUAGAACAUUGGAAUGAAAUGCUCAAAAAUGAUGCUAUCAAGUUGUGCCAGGAGAACAAUUUCAAUUCAGGAUUUUUUGAAGGAAGUGAUAGCAAUACUAUUGUUGAUGCAUAUGAAUUGAAGAUUAGACUUGAGCAUAUUCUUGAAAGGAUUGCAUUGAUAUCUGAGGCUGCAAAUACAGAGAGACCAUCUGCUAUUACAAAUUAUUUGUUCAUCAGUGGAGUACUAUCUGCAAGAUCUAUAUACACAAUGCAACACUUAGGAAUCACUCAUAUUCUGUGUUUGUGUACUAACGAAAUUGGACAAUCAGAUUCUCAAUUUCCUAAUCUAUUCACUUACAAAAAUUUCUUUGUACUUGACACCGAGAGUUCUAACAUCAGCAUCUUAUUUGACGAAGCUUGUGAUUUUAUAGAAGAUGUUGAGAGAGCGGGUCAGAGAAUUCUAGUUCAUUGCUUCGAAGGGAAAAGCAGAAGUGUCACCGUAGUCCUUGCUUAUUUGAUGCUAAGAAAGAAUUACACACUAUUAGAAGCAUGGAAUGUUAUGAAAAAAGUUCACCGUCGAGCACAGCCGAAUGACGGUUUUGGAAAGAUCUUACAAGAACUUGAUCUAAAACUGCAUGGGAAGGUUUCAAUGGAGUGGCGGCAGCGUCGGAGACCAACAAUGAAAGUUUGUCCAAUAUGUGGCAAGAAUGCUGGACUGAGUAGCAGCUCACUUAAGCUCCAUCUUCAGAAAUCACAUAAAAGACUAUCAUCAGGGAGUGUAGAUAGUGCCAUGACAAUGGAAAUCCAAAAGACAUUGACCACUUUGAAUAUCAGCAGUGGUGGGAAUUCGAGUCCCACACACAGGCAAUCUCAUUCGAUGACACAUUAA